ACGAACAUAAAUAUGAAAUCAAACAUUGAAAGACUUUUUGGGGCUGUCAAAAAAGUAGACGUUUUAGUUACAGAGUUUUGAAUUCGGUCGAUAAUUCGCAGUUAUUCGGUGUUUUAGUCUUUUGGAAAUGAUUUUAUUUUUGCGAUUUAUACUAUUUUAUUUCACAUGCAUAAAACAUGCCUUUGUGGCCUUUAGAUUUGCGAAAGUGGGUGAAUAUCCAUCUACGAUUUCAAUACGUUCAAAACAAAACCAAACUCAUUUUUGCGGUGGAUCAUUGGUAGACACCAUCCAUGCAAUUACAGCAGCGUGCUGCCUAUAUCCGAUCAAAGAUAACACCUCUGGAUUUGAGAUCAUGGGUGGAGACAUUUAUUUAUACGAAAGUGUAGGCUUCGUGGCGGCAACGCGGCAACGCUUUGGUUUCACUGUCAUCAUUCACGAACUUUUCAAUCCCAAAACUAAAGCGCAUAACGUUGCCCUCAUGCGCCUUACAAAUAGCGUGAAACCAUCUUUUGCCUUGAGCCGUGUAAGUCGACAAGGAGGUCCAACUCUUUCUGGAAUUGAUUGUCAAAUUGUUGGUUGGGGAUCGAGAAAUAAUAUGAAAGGCCCAUCUUCAUUAUUGUCGAACAAAUUGAUGGUAACCGACGUAGUCGUGGCCUAUUCUAAUGUAGAUAUUCAUAACCAAAAUGAACUUUGUUUAACAAUUAAACUGACUCGAAAAUCUUGCCGAAAAUGCACAACAAUCCCAAAAUUAUGCCAGGGAGACUAUGGAGGAGCAAUGUUAUGCAACGGCAAUUUAGCAGCAAUAAUAACAUCUACUUCGAUAUGUAAUGGAAACAAUGAGCCAAAAGUGUUAACCGAAAUUUCUCAAUACAAUACCUGGAUUGAUAGGAUUACCUCUAACCCAGUCUACUAUUCGUGCACUAAGAAGACAAUAAUGUGCGUAGUCGAGUUUUUAACACUGUGGAGUGUCAUGCUAUUAUUUCUCUGAAUUAAUGUACAGUCAAACGUAAAAGUAAAGAGUUCGUUUUGUUAAAUUUUGCUGAAAGUUUUCUU